AUGUCUCCUAGUGAUGAUUCUAGGCUAUAUGCACCUCUCAAUCGGUCACGACGAGAGAUCAGGGUCAUCGAGAUCCUCUCAACGAAGCCAAGAAUUGUCUGUAAUCUCACUACUGUUUCGCUCAACCAAGACCCUGAGUUCAGCGCAAUAUCCUACCUCUGGGGUGACAAAGGCAAAUCCGAAGCAAUUACUGUCAACGGCAUUGAAAAUUUCAUUACACCAAGUCUUGCAAAUGCACUAGAAUAUGUACCAUAUCACUGGAACAACGCAUUCCCAGAAAGACAAUCCAAGUCAUGUCGGGUUUGGGCCGAUGCACUCCCUAUCAACCAAAAUGAAAAACUGGAGAAAAGUCAUCAAGUCGAACUAAUGAGGUUCAUAUACCCUGCUGCAGAGAUUGUGUUCUCCUGUCUUGAUAUAGGGGCUCUACAGUCGGACGUCCGUAUUGCUUUUGAGACCUGUGAAACCCCUGCCAAAUCCGCUCUUGAGCGAGACCUUGUUCGUUCAGCAUACAACGUCUAUCCCAAUAUCGAAGAAAAGAAUGCCCAAGAUUUGGAAUGGUUCCUGCAGCAUCCGUUCUUGGACGGAAAGUACCCAAUCAACUCACAGGAGUUUGAAGACGCAGAGCAGGCCGUGUCCCGAACGUUUCGAUUGAAAUACUGGGAGCGAGCUUGGAUUUUCCAAGAGCUGGUUCCCUCGAAGCGAGUCGUUGUAAUUCAUCAGCUUGAAUUCAUUGAUUUAGGGUCCCUGUUGGAUGCUCAAUCCUGCACUCAGCUUCUGAAAGAAAUGGCAGAAUCAGAGUCGAAACAAGCCGGCCGCGGCUUCUGGGAUUUGUGGCAUUCCUUCUCAAAGAUAAGAGAGGUCAACUGGGCACGAGCGUGUGUUCAUGGAGGAAAAGAUGCCGAGGAGUCUACCCUUCAAGACGUGCUGAAUCUUCUUCCUCUUUUAUACGGGAGGUACGGCACCAAGGACCCCAAAGAUCACGUUUAUGCUUUGCUGGGGGUGAUACCUCUUGAGAUCGAGCCAGAUUAUACUAGCAAAAUGACCGUUGCGUCAGUAUAUGUUGCUGCGUGUGAGGAAAUCCUAAAAUGGCAUCACGUGCAGCACGGCGACCAAGUGGCUCUGAUUCCAGGACAUUGGUGGCUUUCAUUGGUACGGAAAGUGGACAAUCACUUUGUGCAUAUCGGGGACUGCUGGUCGUCGAGACCAAUGCAAGAAAUGGCGGAAUUGGCCCGCGAAAAAGAAAUGAAAGUGAUAGAGAUACGGUGA